UGACUAUAUUAGUACGCGACAUUCAUUUACUUGUCGUAGAAUCAGCUUUUUAAACUGAAGUUAUUUCGAAACGCGAAAUACAAGGGAACGACAUAAUGUCUGAUACUGAUUUAAAGAAUUGUGAUUUACUCGAAUUUUCAAGGUUAUUUUCCUCUGAGUACAAAAUGCCUGAGUUUAGCGAUCGCGUCUUGGUGUUUGAUGUCAUGCCAGACAACUGGGAUGUGUCAAAUUUAGUGAAUGUGUUAGAUGGGAUACAAUCCAACAAGACCUCUGGCGGUAAAAGAAGUUUGGAAACAGUUGAUAACGGUCCGCAACAGAAGAGAAUUAAGAAUGUGGAGUCAAAGAAUGAAAUACUAAGCGAAUCGUUGGUAGCAGAUCCCGGAAGUAAAACAGCAGCAGAAUGCGAACAAGCAGUAUCUGUAUCUGUGAUGAGGAGUGAAAGCGAAAGGGAGAAUGCAAAAUCCCCAUCAAGUAAAGAACCGUCCUCUGAUCAGGGGAUAAUAACAUCAUCAUCACAUGUUUUCACAAGCAACUCACCUCAAAUUAAGACUGUGAUAUCAAAUGAUCCACUACGGCAGCCCAAGAUCUGUGUACACAGCGUCUGGCUUUCCGUACAGUCUCCUUAUUUUCGGUCACUUUUUCACUCCAGUGGUAUGAAAGAAACCCAGGAUACAGAGGUUCACAUAAAGAUCACACAAUCACAGGAAAAAGCGCAUCUGAUUCUUAUCGAGGCCAUGUACCGCAGUGAUGUCUUGAAUGAUAAAACAGUGGACGUACUGCUUGCUAUUUUAGAGUUGGCUGACAAAUAUGAUGUGAAGUUUGUUUUUAAGAAAUGCAAAUAUGUACUCCAAAAGAUUGCCACCACGUUCGAAUUAAGCACACAAAUUAUGCAUGUUAUUAAAGUUAAACAUGACAUGGACGAUGUUGAAGAUUUAGCUGCAACUUUACAGUCAGUUCUUGCUGAGGAGUUUAGUCCAUUAGAUGAAAAAUGGGAAGAUAAAAAAUUUGUGGAUCUCUCUGAACCAUCUCUGAAAUAUUUACUAAGCAGCGAUGACUUGAUUGUUCAAUCGGAAAACACCGUAUUUCAUGCUUUGAUGUACUGGAUGGAGGAAAAUGAAGUAGAUCCUGCUGGUAUGCAAGAGACUAAUGAUCUUCUCGCCGUUGUACGGUUCAAAUUGGUUACUAUUGACUAUCUCUAUAAUGUGAUUAACAACCAUCCAAUCGCGUCAAAAAUGCCAAGUUUUACUGAGCUGUACCUCAGUGGUAUGACUUACCAUGCAAUUCCUGCAGAGCAGAAGAAACGACUGGAAAAGCAGCCUGGGUUUCGGAAGAAAUCGACAAGAGCCAUUAUUCAGUACGCUUAUAAUGUCAGGAAAAAUGAUUUUGAAUCAGGAACCGGAUUAAACUCAGAUCAUUUUUGGGCAUGCGGAUACAAGAUGAGUUUAAAAGUAUCUGGUAGUACAUGGUCGUCGUGGUUACCUUUGUGUAUUCACAAUUUAAAAAAGGAAAGUUUAGUUCCCCUUAGAUUUUCAAUAAGAAAAAAAGGGGCUAGAAGUAGAAGUAUGCAGGAAAGGACUUUCAGUUUAGAUUCAUGCGAAUCGAGGGAUGACCAUGCAGAUAAUAUUAAUUCCUAUAACGAUUUUGAGAAUGAAGCUGAAACAUGUACCUUGUUUGUUGUCGUAGAACCAUUGACAUAAUAGUAAUUUCAUUUUCAAAAACAUUGACAAUUCUUGUACUUUCAAUAUACUUGUCAAAAGUCAAUUUUUACGGAUCAGAAGCAACAGCGCGAUUGGUUUAUUGUACUAUAAAUUAAUGGUGCCGACAUAAUGACAGUAUUACAAAACGUAUAUCACGCAGUGUACAUAGUUAGAGAAUAUUGUUGUAACAUGCAUACAUUAUUAAAACUGACGCGUACAUUAGUAUUUAAAACAAA